GAUUCAGAUUGUGCGUGCAGUUCUAACGUUCUGAAGUGUUUGCCUGGACGGUUAGUGAAGGCGCAUUAUCUCUCGUUCACUCUCUAAUGUCAUUUAAGCUUGGCACGGUACCGUUAAGACGUACCUAUCUCUAUCUUCAACAGGGUACAAUUCAGUUCAGGGAUCUUGUAAAGGUAUUUGCUAUUGGUUAUAAACAGUUUCCAAUGAACGAUAUACGACAUAAGGGUGUUAUAGAGUAUGUUUUCUGGCACUGGGCACAACUGCAGUACAACAAUCCGUACGUACAGCUGGUGCGGUUUACGAACAUCAGCGUUGUACCCUUUGCGAAAGCUUUUUUAGAUGAUGGUCGUGAGGUGCUGUUCGAUUUAGAAGGGAAGACCCGCGAGGAAAUUGAGGAAAUGUUUCGAACAACGUUGGGCAGAACGAAAGUUUCGUCGAGACGAGAACGUUUGGAGAAAAUGUUGAGGACCGAUCAGGCAUUAUUUGGGAGGAGGUGUAAGAGGGAAUGUAUUUGUGAAGUACAAGGCCAACACCCAUGUACAUCACUCCUUUAUGCACCUGAUUACAUGAAAGGGAAGUGGCGGUGGAAUCAUAAUAUUUAGGAAUUAAUCUUUUUGCGCUCUGUGUAUAAUUGAUGUGGAUCAGUUUUUGUUUUGAUUUAUUUAGUUUCGAUAAUCUUUGAAUUUUAGAGAUAACAUGAUUAGCUGGUAUAAAGGCAAAAUAAAAAUUUGGUGAAGC